AUGACGGUCAGUCCGAGGCAUCCCCAGGACGUUGGAGGCAGGAAUCGAGUUGAAAUCAAUGAUGUGGAACCUGAAGUUUUUAAAGAAAUGAUGUGCUUCAUUUACACGGGGAAGGCACCUAACCUUGACAGAAUGGCUGAUGAUCUGCUUGCAGCUGCUGACAAGUAUGCUUUGGAACGCUUGAAAGUGAUGUGUGAGGAUGCAUUGUGCAGCAAUCUGUCUGUGGAGAAUGCAGCAGAGAUCCUAAUACUGGCUGAUCUACACAGUGCUGACCAGCUAAAAACUCAGGCAGUUGACUUCAUAAACUACCAUGCUUCUGAUGUCAUGGAGACUUCAGGCUGGAAGUCGAUGGUAGUAUCUCACCCUCAUUUGGUGGCAGAGGCAUAUCGUUCACUGGCCUCUGCACAGUGCCCCUUUCUGGGACCUCCACGCAAACGGCUGAAGCAAUCUUAAGGCUGGCUCCCCCACUGCACACCCCUGUCACUCUCUCUCCCUUUUUAAUGAAGUAGCAACAGAAACAGUUGCUUCUCCAAAAUUGACCACCAGAUAGACAAUGCAACCUGUGGAGCUUUUUAAUUUGUUGUGGGUGGGUUGGGAGGAAGAGUGCUUUGGGACAUGCAGACUUUUAAA